GACAUUGAGUGCCGAGAGACUGUUUUGUUGACGCAGAAGCGCAGCAAAUAAAGUGCGCAGGCAGUGCAACGAUUAUCACGUUCGCAGGCCUCUAAAUAGUGAUGUAAAUAAUACAUUUAUCGUAAUACAACGUAAACGUAGACUACGUAAAGUACUUACGGCAACAGAGUUAUACGAAAAGAGACUCGGAGUCAAGUGUCGUGAUAAUUCACAGCACCAUAGCAACCGAACAGUGAAAAACUACGACAUAAGUGACCGUCGCGUUUUCCACUAUGAUGCCGUGAUAAACCAUCAAAAUAAAUAGACAAUUUUGUUUUGUAAAGGGACUUGUUCAUCGGAGUGCCACAUCUCGAGGGCCUUCGUGUAUUGGAUGAACAGAAAGAGGGUGGCGGGAUCAAAGUGGUGGCGCGCGGCGCGGUGCGAGAGCGCGCGCGGCAGGUGACCAGCGGUCUCCGCGGCUCAUGUGGGCGGCGAGUGCUUGCUGCUCGCGCCAGGCAGGCGAGGGCGGCGCCAGUGCUGCGGCCGCGAGGACUCCCGUCAAGACCUUCCAGGCGUAUCUGCCGCCGGCGCAUCGCACCUACAGCUGCAUACACUGCCGCGCGCACUUGGCCAGCCAUGACGAGCUUAUAUCUAAGUCGUUUCAAGGCAGCCAGGGGCGCGCAUACCUCUUCAAUUCAGUUGUAAACGUGGGCUGCGGGCCGGCAGAGGAGCGCGUGCUCCUGACGGGGUUGCACGCCGUCGCCGACAUCUACUGCGAGUGCUGCAAGACCAUGCUCGGAUGGAAAUAUGAGCACGCGUUCGAAUCCAGUCAGAAAUACAAAGAGGGCAAGUUCAUAAUAGAACUAGCUCACAUGGUGAAGGAGAACGGGUGGGACUAGACCUCCGACCCUCCGACCGGCCGGACUCGAGGCCUACUGACUACAGUGCUGUUGUGAUACGAUUGGUGGCCAAGCGAUGGAAGCCCACACCCCGGCGCGACUACAAAGACUUUCCAAAGCGUCAAUUACCCACAAACAUGUAAUUCGCACCACGAGUGUUCCUUAACGAGGCCUCGGCAGCCAUGUACUGCCGCCGCCAGCUACUGCCUUCGUGAUGACGCGGCAGGCGAGUCACGUCACAGCUCGCCUCACUCGCGACAUCCCCCACACUCCCGCAGCGUCACAGCUCCACUAUACAGACUAUGAAGCCCUUUGACGUUGAGGGUAUAUCUUAAAGCUGGAUGCUCGCGCGGCGUAACUCGGUUGGACACGACUACAUAUUAUUUUUGUCACAAGUAACUAUUAUUGGGAGGUGGUGUCCGACCGAGCUGUGCGGCGCCGGCUGUGACAGUGACGAUAUCGCCUUAUGUGCUCUUUUACUUUAAUCGGCUUCAGCGCUUUGGCACCGCCAGUCAACGUAAUGUUAUAUUGUUAUAAAUGUAAGUAAUCGAUCUCAACCGCCCCACGUAAGGGGCUAUGGGCUUAGAAUUUAUUAUUAUUUUUAAAAACGAUUUCAUCAGGCCGCCCCCCUCGGGCGGUCGCUAGUACAUCGUAAGUUGUCUUAGUUUUUAUAUUAUGUAGCUACGUAUGUACUGUAUUGAGAGAACACUAAUACUUUCUCUUGUCCCUUUUAACCUGUGAUAAGUAUGUUAGUAAUAGAAAUUUUAAAUUUCUUGAACGUAUUCUUUCAAGAAGUUGCUCAGAUAAUGUCAGUUGUAUGUUCCUAAUGAUUUCAGCUGUACAAUUUGCUUUUUAUUUUGUUUUAUUUUAUUUUUGUGAGGUAACUAGUCGAAACUGAUGUGUUGUGGGAAGAUGAUUUCCAUUUUAUUUUACUUUGCGCCUGAUGAUUUAGUGAUUUUUAGUUAAUAAUUAUUGACAACAUUUUUUCGACUGUUCCUCGCGUCUUCGCAAUUUUAGUUCUUUUUUUCAAAAUUAGUUAUUUUUUGUUCCAACUUUUUCGUUGGUAGUCGGAAACGAAAUCUGAGCUCAUUUUUAUAUGAACAUAUGCGGUGAGUUAGCCAUCGGACGGUUUUAUUAUUCAUUUAUUGUUUCCAUUUAAUAUUAUCAAUUAGAUACCCAUGUACCCGUAUAUUUUAUCUUAAUCACUUGGUACUUCAUUUAUAAUUGUAUAAACUUAUUAUCAUUGUAAGAAAUUGCAUGAGCUUCGAUUAUCUAUGAUUAUGUCUAUGUGAAUCGAUCGUAAACUCGUACGCACUGAUUAAUUUCCCGAUAUCGAUAUAAUUAUAAUCGACAAACUUGACGUCCGACUUCAAUAGUGAUGUAAUUGGAGUACUUUUUUGUAUUUGUAUGACUUUGCCGUCGCAUGAGUGUAGAAGCUCACUACGACAUCACUCACGUCUCUAGCGCCUUAUUUAAAAACCGAACGCAAUAUUAUAUUUUCAAUUAUUUUUUCCGCCUAAAAAAUAUUUUUCAGAUGACUUGAAAGCCUUUUAAAAAUAUUGUGAAGUAUGAACUUAGUGAGCUUUUAAACUACCAGUUGAAUAUCAAGAGCGUUCAUAACUGCCACUAGUGUAACAUGUAAUAUACAUAUUAUAAUAAAAUCUAUAAGUGAACGCUCGUUUGAUCGACGUAAUGUGAACUUCUGGACACAUUUAGAAACAACGGGUUCAAUAUUAUUUGAUAUAAUAUAACAAACUAUUCUAAAUAUAUUUACAUUAUUAUACUCAAAACGAUUACGACUUAUUAUGUAUUGUGUACAAAUAAUCACUGAAGGAACCGGAGAUUGAUAAAAAAAUUGAAAUAUUUUCACUAAAUUUGUCCAGAACUGUCUUAAUAUUCAGAGUUCUUUAUUAAAAAGGCCAACAUAUUUUAGGACAAAUAUCGGAGGAAUGUUGGCUCAUAAAAACUUUUUAAUACAGGACUUUGCCCUUAAAACUUCUGCUUGGCUUAACAUUGUGAUAAAACAAUUGAACUGAGCAAAAAAAUUUAAUAACUGAUCAUAGAAGAAAACAUGUUUUCAAUGCAAAUGGCAACAUUCAGAAAUGCAAUUCUUACUUGCAAACACAAUAUACAAUACUAAAACCAAAAUAAACAUUUAUAAAACACAUUCAAAAGUUUUAUCAUCAUGUAAGUCGGGUAGAUUUUUUAAGAUACCUACAUAUUAUUUUUACAAUAAAAAAAAACUUAGCUGGCUACAUAGAUCGUCGGAUAACCGAAUGUAAGACACUUUUUUUAUCAUUUUAUUUUUAUAGAAAGACGUAUUUGUGGAGGCAGCUGUUGCAAUGAAAUAAGCAUAAAUAACCGACAUUUUACUCGAUUUAUUAUCUUCAAAAUAUAAUAUCUGUACUAAUAAGACCAAGAUACAUUCUGAUAUCAAAAAGGAAAGCAAUAUACUUUUUAUCACAAAAUCAAAGAAGGAAAACAUCAAAAUCGUCCCAGCGCCAAACAAAUACGUCUUUUUAACACGAAACAAACACAUAUUCGUAAAAGUAAGGUCAAACGAUAAUGCAUUACAAGUUCACAAUAUUGUCUGUUUAAUAUAAUCGUGUUACUGUUAUCAUAGGAUUAAUGUUAACAUUUCGAUGCACAAUGUUCAAUGAAAAUGUUUAAGAGGCUGAGUGUUAGAGGUUAGUUAUAAAACCCCAUUUGUAUAAAGACAUGAAACGGAAUGUGGUCUGUGUUGAAGAAUUCAUUUAUAUAAUCUGUGACUUUCAUACUUUUGUUGAAUGCCCCACCAUAUAGGUUUUUGGGUAAUUAGCGUUCAUUUCAUGAGCAAACGAAUUUAUCUGAUGUGUGGAACACGCUAGAAAUAUCAUGUUAAAUAAAUCUGCCUUGGUAUUUGUUUCGCUUUACUUUUAAGGGCAAAAUUGUGGUAUGUCGAGGCAGAACAUUUUAAAUUAAGUCGUUGUCGAAAUAUUGUUAUAAAAUGUUGAAGUUGACUACUGCAUACUGGACAUAGUUUCGACUUCCGAGACAGCAGUGGCAGCCAUUUUGUCGAAUAUGAAAGAUCGGGAGCAGUAUUCUAGAUGAAAAGCCUUAGAAUAGUUCUAGAUAGUAUCGAUGCUACGGAUUUCAAUUGCAUAUCGAUAGAUGGAGCGUAAUCAAAACAAAAAUGCUUUAAAUCCCCACUCUAUUUAUCGAUAUCGAUAAAAGUUUAGUUUUAUACAGAGUGAUGAAAUAUUUUCAUCCUGAACAUUAUGCAACACGAUAAUCGAAACUUAUCGAGAUUGUCACAGUAGUAUAGAUUAACACUCUUAGACCCACAAUGUAUUCUUUGACGCAAUUCGACAUGACACAGAAGAUAUUAAUAUUAAAAAAAAUAUAUCUUGAUGAUAGUGAGGGGAAAAUUAACAAAUGAAGCUAGAUUUCUGUGAGGCAUAAUUAAAAGUAUUUUUCUACUUGAUCGUUUAGGAAUGCUACUAGAUAUUUUUGGACCAUUGUUAAGAUAAAACUAUGAUCAGUAUUCGUGGAGUGAAGAUAAAGAGUUGAUGUUAGUUUUUGUGGUUGUUGGUCGAAGUGAUUGUUGUUGUCGAGAAUAGAGAAAAAGCGCUUUCUAGCUCUAAACAAUGCACCCACACACUUUACCGUAUAGUUUUUGGACAUCUAGAACAUGUUACAAUCGUCAGCCAAAAGAUAAAUACAACAAUAAGACAUACCGAUAUGUUCAGUAAUUUAUAUCGAUUGAUUAUUCGAUUUUAAUGGAGUCAAUCAUAUCGAUUCAAGAGUUUUAGUGAAGCGUGUGAUUGUUAACAUAAACUCUCCUGCCUUCGUCUGUAUUUUUGCUCGCCACGAAAACAUCAGAUUGUAUGGCAUUUUGGACACUUGAAACAUGUUCUAGGAGCUCAAAAGCAAAGGUCUUGGAGUGUUAACUGAUGACCAAGGUGAAUGAACAGCGUAUUAUAAAAUGGUGCAUUUCAUUAAGUACGUGUACAUUUCGCAUAUUUUUAAGGUAUCCCGAUUAGUUGUUUACCAAGAAACCGCUUAAUAUUUUUGUAUUUUCCUAGUAAGUAACGAUGCAUUAUAAAAAAAAAAUUCGUGGUGUCUUCUUACGAUUGUGUACGCAUUAUGCUAUAGACGAGUAAACUUAUUUGGUUGAAAUAAUAAGUGCGUAAUAAAACACAUUUUCGUAUUAAAAAUA